AUACAACGGGAAACGAAAGAUUCGUUAAGGAUAAUGACUGUGGCACUUCAGUGGCUGCUGCCCUUGUCCAUUUUGCUGGGGGUGUGGUCAGUGCCCAUUGACCACAAUACCAAGCCGCAGGAAACUGUACCUCCCCAGGAGCCGAAACAGGAAGAAAGUGUGGACACAGGCCUGUACUAUGACAGGUACUUGAGGGAGGUAAUUGAGGUACUGGAGACAGACCCUCACUUCAGAGAGAAGCUACAGUCCGCCAAUACCGAAGAUAUCAAGAAUGGUCGUCUCAGUAAAGAGUUGGACCUGGUGGGUCACAACGUCAGGACCCGUCUGGAUGAGCUGAAGCGACAAGAGGUGUCCAGACUCAGGAUGCUGUUGAAGGCCAAGAUGGACAGUACCAACACACACAACAUGCAGAUAGACCAUGCCUCGCUGCUAAAGCAGUUUGAGCACCUGGACCCCCACAACCAGAACACGUUUGAAGCCAAAGACUUGGAGCUCCUCAUCUCCACGGCGACCAAGGACCUGGAGAGCUACGACGCAGAGCGCCAUGAGGAGUUCAAGCGCUACGAGAUGCUGAAGGAGCACGAGAGGAGGGAGUACCUGAAGAGCCUGGAUGAGGAGAAGAGGGAGAAGGAGGAGAAGAGGCUGGAGGAGUUAAAGGAGAAGCACAGACAGCACCCUAAAGUCAAUGCUCCGGGUAGCGUGGCUCAGCUCAGAGAAGUGUGGGAGGAGACCGAUGGCCUAGACCCUCAGGAGUUCAACCCCAAAACCUUCUUCAAACUCCACGAUACCAAUGGAGAUGGAGUUUUGGAUGAGCAAGAACUGGAGGCUUUGUUCACUAAAGAGCUGGCAAAGGUGUAUGACCCCAGGAAUGAAGAGGAUGAUAUGAUGGAGAUGGAGGAAGAGAGGCUGAGGAUGAGAGAACAUGUGAUGAAGAAUGUGGAUACCAAUCAUGAUCGUCUCGUCAGCCUAGAGGAGUUCCUGAAAUCGACAGAGAAGAAAGAGUUCAACAAUCCUAAAGAAUGGGAGACCCUGGACAACACAAAGCCUGUGUACUCGGAGGCGGAGCUACAGAAGUUUGAGACGGAGCUCCGGGAGAAGGAGAUGGAACUGGGCAGGAGGGCCGCGUCUCUGCGGCACGAGCAGGAGCUGCUGAAGGAGAGGGGCAAGGCCCUGGAGGCACAGAGGAAAGAGUACCAGCAGGCAGUAAUGGAGAUGUCCCAGAGACAGAAAGUAGCACAGGCACCGGAAGGGCAGCCCCCUACAGGCCCUAAUAACGAGCUACAAUUUCAGGAAGGGUUGAAGAAACUAGAAGAAGGUGCUAACCCACCCAUUUCCCAGGAUGUGGUGGGAGAGGCCAAGAACAACCUCCCAGUGGAGCCACCCCAGAAUCUUCCCCGACACACCCUUUAACGCAGUGCGACCCUCCACCCCUCUGAGCACGUAGAGCCACACUCGCGCCAUCUCCCCUCAGCGUCACAGCCCCUAGGUGGGCCCCACCUACACCACCCUCUUCCUCUUCCUCUUUAGCGAGCCAGCACCGCGACAUCUUCAUUGAACCUGGCGGCUUGGUGUUGACUGAAGCUUAACCACGGAUGCAGAGAAGGGAGGCUGCGAUACUUCAUUCAUCACAAUUUUCAACCGAUUUGAAAGCACGGAUGAGGUAGAACUGAGAAGAUGCUCUUCCCUAACCCCCCUUCCCUGGCUUAAGCAUACAUACCAUUCCUGGCAUCAGUAACCGCAGUUCGCUGCUGUAAGCAGUUGUAAUUCAGAACAAAUGGUCUCUGAUGAGCCAUUACACUGGUAUCAUGCUCAUUUACAGUUAUGUAUAGAAUAAAGUCAAUGUGCACAUUAUUAUUACUGCAAUGAUACUCUGCGUCAGAUGCUAACAUUGGAUGUGUGUGUGGACGCAGGUGGAACUGUGCUGUAUUUAAUGAGGUAAAUGGUGUUGAUAAUUUUAAUGUUUGACAUGAUGUUCCUAUUUCCACGCACGCUCUGUUCUGCUGCUCCUUUUUCAGCCGUUCUCUGUUCUGCUGUCCCAUCUGCUACGAUCCUCUAAAUCGAAUUCCCUCCGCUCCUGGUUAAUUCUUCUCCUUCUCUCAUGCACACAAACAGUCACAAACCUAAGUGGGACAUACCUAAACACACAUUUUUUAUUUCUGUACUGUUUUUAAGUUCCAAUAAAGAGCUCAAUUUAAUGAGAAAA